AUGCCGUCGCUGCGCACUCUGCGCUUGGACAUCAAUUUCCCAGAACCAGAGAACUUGACUUUUCCCCCAUCCGCAUUCGAGAGCCUACACACACUCCAUCUGACUGGCCAUUCGUUCCGCGAUGUGGUCGAAUUCGUUCAUUCUCUGAGACCUCCAGCACUCAAGGCCCUCUUCCUCGCCGGCAAACAUGGCCCCCUCACGCUCCCAACCCUCCAUGGCGGAAUGUCACGGCUUUCUGCAAAUCUGCCCUCCACCCUAACGCACUUCUCCCUGUUUGCAUGUUAUCGUUCUGAGCCCCCUCCCCAGUCCAUCGAGAAGACCACUGGAAUCUGCGAUAUUCUCGCCCCGUUGCUCCGUUUCAACGACUUGGAACACGUCGUCCUCGAUCCCGAGAUGUCUUCAGUCUUGCAGCCCACGGACGACGACCUCGCGAGCGCGGGUGCCGCCUGGCCGCGCCUCCAGUCUCUGAACCUCUUCACCCAUAAUCACCCCGCGGACACCACCGGCCCCGAAAUCGCAGCGAACAUCCACAUCACCGUACAGGGCGUGGUCACUCUGGCGCAGCGCUGUCCCCAACUCUCCGCACUGUCCAUCCCCGCCUUCGGCGUCUUCUCCCCGCGGAUCCCACACGGUUCUGUUGUGCAGAUGACCCCGUUCGUCAAGCACCCGUUGCGCUACUUCAGAAUCGGUAUGCUCAACCCUGGAGAGAAGUUGCCGUCUCAGCUUGCGGCAGUGUUGCGGCGGAUGUUUCCCCUGUUCGCGAAUCCGGCAGCGCGAUACGUGCAUGGCCAAGAGCCGCGGCCGCGGAGGUUUGUCAUGACCGUGCCGGAGUGA